GGGAGGAGGAGGAGGAGGAGGAUCCGCCGUUGCUGCCUCAGGCCCGGCCGGUCCGGACCGGGACGGCGCGAGCAGAGGACGAGGAAGAACCGGAGCGGCCCCCAUCCGAUAGAGCGGCCGCGCCGAGUCCAUGAAUGGAAAUCGGCAGCGCAGGAACCGUUGGGGCUCAGCCCCUACUCAUGGUGCCCCGACGACCUGGCUAUGGCACCAUGGGAAAACCUAUUAAACUGCUGGCCAACUGCUUCCAAGUUGAAAUCCCAAAGAUUGACGUCUACCUCUAUGAGGUGGAUAUUAAGCCAGAUAAGUGUCCUAGGAGAGUGAACAGGGAGGUAGUAGAUUCAAUGGUGCAGCAUUUUAAAGUGACAAUAUUUGGUGACCGUAGACCAGUUUAUGAUGGUAAAAGAAGCCUUUAUACAGCCAAUCCUCUCCCUGUAGCAACAACUGGGGUUGAUUUGGAUGUAACAUUGCCAGGCGAAGGUGGCAAAGAUCGUCCCUUCAAGGUUUCAAUAAAAUUUGUUUCCCGGGUAAGCUGGCACCUGUUACAUGAAGUUCUGACGGGACGAACCUUACCUGAGCCUCUGGAAUUGGACAAGCCAAUCAGCACUAACCCUGUUCAUGCUGUUGAUGUGGUGCUACGACAUUUACCCUCCAUGAAGUAUACACCUGUAGGCCGCUCCUUUUUCUCUGCUCCAGAAGGCUACGAUCACCCGUUGGGAGGUGGCAGGGAAGUAUGGUUUGGAUUUCAUCAGUCUGUUCGGCCAGCAAUGUGGAAAAUGAUGCUGAAUAUUGAUGUUUCUGCCACUGCCUUCUACAAAGCACAACCUGUAAUUCAGUUCAUGUGUGAAGUUCUUGAUAUUCACAACAUUGAUGAACAGCCACGACCUCUGACUGAUUCUCACCGGGUAAAAUUCACCAAAGAGAUAAAGGGUCUGAAGGUUGAAGUGACUCAUUGUGGAACAAUGAGGCGGAAAUACCGCGUCUGUAAUGUUACACGGAGACCUGCCAGUCAUCAGACAUUUCCAUUGCAGUUAGAAAACGGUCAGACUGUGGAAAGAACAGUAGCACAGUAUUUCAGAGAAAAGUACAACCUACAGCUGAAAUACCCUCAUCUUCCUUGUCUACAAGUGGGACAGGAGCAGAAACACACCUAUCUGCCUCUUGAAGUUUGUAACAUCGUGGCAGGCCAGCGAUGUAUUAAGAAGCUUACAGACAAUCAAACAUCAACAAUGAUAAAAGCAACAGCCAGAUCUGCUCCAGAUAGACAAGAAGAAAUCAGCAGACUGGUGCGAAGCGCAAAUUACGAUGCUGACCCAUUUGUUCAGGAAUUUCAAUUUAAAGUGCGUGAUGAGAUGGCUCACGUGACAGGGCGUGUGCUCCCAGCUCCCAUGUUGCAGUAUGGAGGGCGGAAUCGAACAGUAGCAACACCAAGCCAUGGUGUAUGGGAUAUGCGUGGGAAACAGUUUCAUACAGGUGUGGAAAUCAAGAUGUGGGCCAUUGCUUGCUUUGCAACACAGAGGCAGUGUCGUGAAGAAAUACUAAAGGGUUUUACAGACCAGCUGCGCAAGAUUUCUAAGGACGCAGGGAUGCCAAUACAGGGUCAGCCUUGCUUCUGUAAAUACGCACAAGGUGCUGACAGUGUGGAGCCCAUGUUCCGACACCUUAAAAACACCUAUUCGGGACUCCAACUCAUCAUAGUCAUCCUGCCAGGGAAGACACCGGUGUAUGCGGAGGUGAAACGUGUGGGGGACACACUUCUGGGGAUGGCUACUCAGUGUGUUCAAGUCAAGAAUGUCAUAAAAACGUCUCCUCAGACCCUCUCUAACUUGUGCCUAAAGAUUAAUGUAAAACUGGGAGGAAUCAACAACAUCCUUGUACCUCAUCAACGACCUUCUGUGUUCCAACAACCAGUGAUCUUCUUGGGAGCAGAUGUUACUCAUCCACCUGCUGGGGAUGGAAAGAAGCCUUCCAUUGCUGCUGUUGUAGGUAGCAUGGAUGCUCAUCCAAGCAGGUACUGUGCCACAGUGAGAGUCCAGAAACCCCGCCAGGAGAUCAUCCAAGACUUGGCCUCCAUGGUUAGAGAACUUCUCAUCCAGUUCUACAAAUCAACCCGUUUCAAACCCACACGAAUCAUCUUCUAUCGCGACGGAGUUUCAGAAGGACAGUUUCGACAGGUGUUGUAUUAUGAGCUGCUGGCAAUUAGAGAGGCCUGUAUCAGCCUGGAAAAAGACUAUCAGCCUGGCAUAACGUAUAUUGUUGUUCAGAAGAGGCAUCAUACGAGGCUGUUUUGUGCUGAUAGGACGGAAAGGGUUGGAAGAAGUGGAAACAUCCCAGCUGGAACCACAGUAGAUACAGAUAUCACACAUCCUUAUGAAUUUGAUUUUUACCUCUGUAGCCAUGCAGGAAUACAGGGUACCAGCCGCCCCUCGCACUAUCAUGUUUUGUGGGAUGAUAAUUGUUUUACUGCAGAUGAACUUCAGCUGCUAACUUAUCAGCUCUGCCACACCUACGUGCGCUGCACACGAUCUGUGUCUAUACCUGCACCAGCUUAUUAUGCUCACCUGGUAGCAUUCAGAGCAAGAUACCACCUUGUGGACAAAGAACAUGACAGUGCCGAAGGAAGCCAUGUUUCAGGACAGAGCAAUGGGAGAGAUCCCCAAGCCCUUGCUAAGGCUGUACAGAUUCACCAAGACACCUUACGCACCAUGUACUUUGCUUAGCUAUAUAUAAAAUAUAUAGAGAUAUAGAGAUAGAUAUAUAUAAAAAGAAUGAAAUGGAACCUAUUCACGAACGAAAGAACUGCAGAAUUAAGUUGCAUACAGUGUAUGUUUCCGGAGCAAUCAGUGAAUGGGGGAGGGAGCAGCUCUGCCUUGUUGAAGCUGAUUCUGUCUUGGGGAGGGCGGGGAGCAGGCCUUAUCCUUGCUCUGAUGCAGGGAAGAUCGUUUACUUCACCAAGAACACGCCACUUAUUAUGCAAUAUGAAACCAGCCAACUGCUUUUGGGGCGGCUUCCUACGGGAAGUGCCGCCGUCAUCACCUUCUCCUUUGUGCGUUUGGGUCUCUGUGUUUCUUUCUUUUGGGGGGGAGUAAUCUGAUCCUUUUUAUGCCUUUACCUCAAGUUGCUCAGCAGCACAACUCUUUCUGCAAAAAAAAACAAAAAAACAAAAAAAACCCGCCACCACCACCAAGGGUAUUAAAACUUACAGGAGCAAUCAGAGUGACGUUGAGGUGUGGGUGGGCGUGGGGUGGUGGAUGCGCAAAAGUGUUUUUAUCUGUUUCGUACCCUUGUGGGUUGCAUAUGGCUUCCCCUCCAUGGUUGUCUGUGCUUGAAUGCAACCCUGACAAGUGUUAAUUUGAGUGAACGGCCCCAUCGAUAUUGUGGGAAAGAGUGUGUGCACUUGCACUUAACGCUCCCUGUGUAGUUUAGCCGACCGCUGCCUUUCCUGUCCGUCUUCAUAGCUUAGGAGUUGCGCCACUCAGUUUGCUUUCCAUAACGAAACUCAACACAUCAUGUACUUCCAAUAGAAGAGAAUCAUCCUGUACUUUUCUGCCAGAAGUACCGAUACCGCCUGGCCAGAUUAAUGACGUUGCUGCUUUCUGCUUGUCCAGAAGUUCCAGCUAAUUUUCCCUCUCGUGUGCCGUACACGCAUCUUCUGAGCUGCUUGUGACCUCAGAUUUUCCUUUGUUUCACAGGGUGGCACGUAGCGCUCAAGUACAGAGCUGAGUUAUAUUUUGUUUUUGUUUUUUUAAAAAAGGGAGAGAUGAGUUGAGUUGCUUCCUCUCACUUUAAUGUGACCGCGCAUAUCUAUAAUCUAUAUGUGUACUUUUCUCUUUUAUAUUUAUUAGAUGAAUAACAAUGCUUUAAUUUAAAUUGGUGUAUUGGCAACAUUGGUUUUUAUGUUUAGAGACAUAACUAUUUUGUUUAAAGGACUGACAACCUGUUUUUGCUACCUUUUUAGUGCAAUAAGCCGUUAAAGAAAAAUAAUCUGUCCAUUUUUGCUGUUACACGAGCAGCAGCAUUUUACACCUUUCAUGAUGGGAAAAUGGACGUAUCUGCGCUCUUAAACAGACAAAACGAGCCUUAAUUUUGAAAGGAAAGUCUUACAAUAGGGGAUUUUUUUUUUUUUUUAAUCAAAAAGGCAAGCUCCUUCAUGCUGCUCUUAGCUUGCAGGGUUUAAUGCUCUCUUGUAAUACAGGGCUUCUGCUUUGCUGAACCUUUAUUUUAAGAGUAUUUUUCCUCCACAGCAAAGCCACUGUACAGAAGUCUAGCUUUCGUCUAAAUGAAAUCAGGCCAAGCCUAAAACGCAUGGGGAUCUUAAAAAGCUAUUUUUGAUUGUAUAGGCUUUCUUUUUGAAAUUGAGUGCUUUAUUUUGUUUGGCGGGAUGCAUUUUAGAAAUGGGAUCACUAAAUGUGAAUCUGAUAAGUGGGCCUCUCUUUAUUUCAUUCCACUUGACAGCUGAAGCAAAGUAUUUUAUUGUCAGAGGUGAACAUUUUGACUCCGCAGCAGGGCUUGGGGGAAUGUUUUGCACUUUGUAAACACAUGAACUGCAUUUUUGUCUGUUUUAUUUGCACUGGUUUUAUAUUAUAUAUGCAGAGAUGCAUACUGCAGAUGGUUCAAUCGGGCAUUGUUAAUAACCCAGCCCUGCUGAAACAAACCAAGCAUUCUCCACCUGAAAACCAUUUGACUGGUUGAAGUAUGUUUACUUACCUCCAUGUUGUGUUUAAAAAAGCCCACUUUUUGCCAAUUUAUUGUACAGGGAGCUGAUUAAUCUGAGCCCAUUUUGCUCCCACAACCAUUAUCCUUCUUCUUCUGCCAUAAGUACCGUUUUAAAGUGUGGGUUGGAUUUGUAUGGGAGGGUGUCUCAAAGUGCAUUACCAGCAGAGUUUAUUCCAGCUCUCAGAAAAAUGGCACAAUGCAUGUUUAAGCUCUGGGGAGCAGGAAUUAGAAUGUGCUUGAAAUCACUGAUUAGGGAAGCAGCUUCCUUUGGUCAGUGGAAAGGCAGGACAAAAGCAAAAUCAAAGCAGCUCUUGGUGAAAUGAAUUACAAGUGAGCUCCAGUCUCCAGAAGUGUCCUAGUUGAGGAUGUGUUAUGUACUGCACUUAUCUUCGCAUUCCUAGCAUGACUCCAGGAAAUUCAGCACAGGGAAGAACCUGUGAAGUUCAGGCUGUGGGCCAUGGGCUGAGACUGUUCCCCUUUUGCCUAUCAUCUCUUUGCCCAAAGAAAACAUGCCCCACUUAUCAGGCCAGACUGUUCAACUCACCAGAGCUCAAUGCAAGUUUUAUAGUUCUGGGAUGAAUGUAUGGUAAAGUGAUAGCAUGUUUUCAUAAAUGCUUACGUUAAACUUUUUUCUGUUUUAGAGAUUGCUACAGGUAGUUCUCGCUUAACGACUACAGUAGGGACUGGAAAAUUCA